ACCGCGCUUCCCUUAUCGGCUGUUAUCACUUCGUCACAACAGAUAUCAGCUAUUACAAUAUACGGAGGAAAACACAAACUUGCCGAUAUGUCUUUUUCAAAAUCUGUGAAGGAAACCAGUAGCAUACAACAAUGCAACAACGGCUGCAUUUGUAUUCCAACCGAAGGUAAAGAUACCAUUAAUGUUUGCGUUGAUGGUAAAGAUAAUAUCGUCAAAUGCACAAAGUGUACAGCAUUCACAACCAAUGGUGCAAAGUUUGUAUGUGUUUGGAGAGAAGGUGGGUUAAUAAAGAAAUGUGAUGGUUGUUGUACUGACAAGGGUUGCAAUUGCACCUAUGAUGAUGGGAAAGGUGAAGUCAAGACAUGCAAGGAUUGCCAAUGUAAUUCCAAGUCUGAAUGCGAUAAAGAUGGCUGCUUCUGUAUCGCGAUUGAAGGUGGAAAGUGCAUUUGCAUCUGUAAAGAUGGAACAGGAGGGCUGAAGAGAUGUGAGGACUGCAAGUGCAUCUGCGAUGAUGGGAAAGGGGAAGUCAAGAGAUGCGAGGGCUGUAAAUGUAAUUCCAAGUCCGUGUGUGAUAAAGGUGGUUGCUUCUGUAUCGCGAUUGAAGGUGGAAAAUGCAUUUGCAUCUGUAAAGAUGGAACAGGAGGGCUGAAGAGAUGUGAGAACUGCAAGUGCAGCUGCGAUGGUGGAAACGGUGAUGUCAAGACAUGCAAGGACUGCCAAUGUAAUACCAAGUCCGUGUGCGAUAAAGAUGGCUGCUUCUGUAUAGCAAUUCAAGGUGAAAAAUGCAUUUGCAUCUGUAAAGAUGGAACAGGAGGGCUUAAGAGAUGUGAGGACUGCAAGUGCUCGUCUAAGGCGUCAGCCAACAAUGGUUGUUGUACUGAUAAGGGUUGUAUUUGUGCCUGCGAUGAUGGUAAAGAGGAAGAGGAAGAUUUCCUUCGACCAAGAAGGCAUUAAAAAAUGCACUAAUUGUUGUAAUACUAAUUAAUGAUUAAAGGUUUCAAUUACAUAACGAGUAGGUACGUAAUUCGUAUUCACAAUUUAAUUCUAUUGCAAUGGUUUUAUUUCGGAUAAUGCUUUAUGUAUUACUUAAGCAAGCGUAUUUACCACUGAAAUAUAAAA